UGACUUUAGGCUGUUGUUCUGAACCUCCCCCAGUGUAACGUAACCGUAAUCCGAAAAUGAAACCUUUGCUUGUGCUUUUACUUCUGUUCUGUAGUAGCAGUACCGAACCGGUCGUACCGAAUCCACCACCGUCUCAGCAAGCAGGAUUUGCAUUUGAGAUGCUGUUGGCGAAACUGGACCUUAUGGAGCAUCACUCUCUAGAUAAACAACUUCAAACUGAGGAAAAACUUACAGUUCUAAGCUCGCGAGUCGAUCAGCUUGUUAGGUCCGUGGAAAACUUGUCCUGGAUUGUGCAAAACACGGCGGACACGGUGCAUCAGCUCGGAUUGAACGGGAAGCACAUGCAACAAAAUAUUACCUUCAUUCAGCGCGAUCUUACCGAGCUGCUUGCAGGCCAGAAGCUUACAGCUACAACACACCAGAUGGGAGAAUAUUUCCUUACCAACAGCCGCAACACAUCGAGCCCUUCGUGGAGCGGUGAUGAACGCCACUACACCAACUACAGAUCGUGCAACAAGAUUCCGUUCAAACGAUCGGGCGUGUAUCGAAUCCGUCCCGAAAGUCCCUUCAAGCAACCGAUAAUGGUGCUGUGCGAUCAGGAGUUUGAAUCCGGCGGCUGGACCGUCAUUCAGCACCGGUUCGAUGGUUCGAUCAAUUUCUACCGCGGAUGGAAGGAUUACACCGAAGGGUUCGGCAAUUUGGAUGGUGAGUUUUGGCUAGGGUUGGAACGCAUCCAUCAGCUCAGCGCGAUGGAACCACACGAGCUGGUGAUUCUGCUGGAGGACUUCGAUGGCAAUAAGACGGUUGCCCGGUACGAUCUGUUUCAAAUCGGUACCGAGGUUCAGAAGUACCGGCUUAUGACGCUGGGCGGAUACAGCGGUACGGCCGGUGAUUCGUUGAGUGAUUUGAAGGGCAAUUCGUUUAGCACGCAGGACAUGGAUAAUGAUACGUGGGAUAAGAACUGUGCCGUCAGUUACCAUGGUGCUUGGUGGUAUGCUGCCUGCCAUCAGAGCAACUUGAAUGGAAAAUAUCUGCGCGGACAAACGAAUGAGUUUGCAACGGGGAUGGUGUGGAAAGCGUUCCGUGGGUAUCACUAUGCGUUGAAAUCUUCCAAAAUGAUGAUCAGACCCAAAGCGAAAAAUUAGGAAGUAAUUUGAAACACUAGCAUAGCCGCCUUACAAUAGAUUUAACAGUAAUUGUUCUCUUACUGAAAUAUAGUUUAUCAUUGGUAUUAAAA